ACCUAACUAGCAUGUGCUUUGUAUUAGGUUUGGGCUUCGUAAAAGGUUAAAUAUGUAAAUAAAAAGGUUUUAUAGUUCAAAGACAAUAUCUACCGCUGGUUACAAACUAUGCCACAGCAAUUUGAAGAAAAAAAAUAGUGUCAAAAUUUUGUGCUAUUUUUAAUUCUCAAAAUUAUCCGUAAUAAUAUGGGAAAUCAAAGUGUAAAAAGUAGCGACUUAGGUUGGGUAGAUCCUGAAUGUGCAGGAGACACGAAGCUUGAUAUUGGUCAGAAAUCAAAAAAUAAAAACAUAGAACCCUCGACGAGGAAGUUAAGAAACUGUAGGAAGCCAAGGGUAAAACCGAUUACGACAAACAACAGAGCGACAAAAACACGUUCAGAAUUUCUGAGACUACGACAACUGUUAGGAGAUAAAGUACCGGUUAUUUUAGCGUUGCUGUCUGAUUCAACCUAUCGACUGCGACUUGAUAAGACCUCAGUCAGUCACUGCUGUUCAGAACUAAACAACAAGGCGAAACCUUGUGACCAGGCGUGCCGAAGAGUGAAAUCAUAUCCCUGUGCGACUUACUGUCCAAAGUGUGAUAAAAAAUCAUCAAUAUGCAAGAGACGUUGAUGUAAAAAUACAUAAUUUUGUCAUGUAAUAAGUCUUUUUGUCGUUUGUGUGAAUUUGUUUUGUGUUCAGUAGAAAUAAAUUAUUUAGUUUGACUUGACGUUUGUUAUUGGGUAAACGUGGUUGUGUUCUGGCAACACCGCAGUGGCGCGCCUUCAUGCGAGGUGACUUCGUUUCGCCGUGUGUCACUGGAAAUCAAAGUUUAUAUGUUUUUUCUCGAAUUAUCGGAUUUAAAUCCAUUUCUAAUCCUCGAGUGAUAUAAUUGUGAUUAUGUGCCGUUAUCUUUUGAGUGCCGGAGGUGUACGAUAAGGGUGUUGUUGCAUGGUGGGGGUAAGGAGAAGGUGCCAAAAUGGGGGACAGUUUCUUGCACCUGGGGGACAUUGUCUCCCUGCACGCGGAAGGCACUGUAUCAGGAUUCCUCAGUACCUUAGGGUUGGUAGAUGACAGGUGUGUGGUGUGCCCAGAAGCGGGCGACCUGACUGAUCCGCCCAAAAAGUUCCGGGAUUGCCUGUUCAAAAUAUGCCCUAUGAACCGCUACUCCGCUCAAAAGCAGUUCUGGAAUACUGCCAAGCAAUCCGCUAACUCCAACACCGAUACAGGACUGCUUAAGAGGUUGCACCAUGCCGCUGAGAUAGAGAAGAAGCAGAAUGAGUUGGAGAACAAGAAGUUGCUGGGGACUGUCGUGCAGUACGGCAGCGUUCUACAACUGCUGCACGUCAAGUCCAACAAAUACCUCACUGUAAACAAAAGACUGCCCGCGUUGCUGGAGAAGAACGCGAUGCGCGUUCACCUUGACGCCAACGGCAACGAGGGCUCCUGGUUUUAUGUCAUGCCUUUCUACAAGCUCAGAUCCACGGGUGACAACGUAGUGGUGGGUGACAAGGUGAUCAUGAACCCCGUGAAUGCGGGACAACAGGUCCUACACGUUUCCUCUAACCACGAGCUGCCAGACAAUAUCGGAUGCAUGGAGGUCAACGUAGUAAACUCCACAACCUCCUGGAAGGUGACUCUCUUCUUAGAACACAAAGAGAACCAAGAAGAGAUCCUGAAGGGAGGUGACGUGGUGAGGCUGUUCCACGCUGAACAGGAGAAGUUCCUGACCAUGGACGAGUAUCAGAAGCGGCAGCAUGUGUUCCUCAGGACCACGGGAAGGUCCAGUGCUACUGCUGCUACUAGUAGUAAGGCCUUGUGGGAAAUUGAGGUGGUACAACAUGACCCAUGUCGUGGAGGCGCGGGACACUGGAACUCCAUCUUCCGGUUCAAGCAUCUCGCGACGGGACACUAUCUAGCUGCCGAGGCGUGUAAUAGACCACCUGAAGCGCCAGUGGAGCCGUACGAGCCAGCCUUUCAGUUGGUGUCAGUCCCGCACUCAUCGGAGAUCGCCACGCUGUUCGAGUUAGACCCCACCACCAUGACUCAUUCCGACGCGCCUGUGCCUCAAAGCAGCUACGUCAGGCUACAACAUUUAUGCACUCAUACGUGGGUGCAUUCUACUUCCAUACCUAUCGACAAGGAUGAAGAGAAGCCAGUCAUGUCCAAGGUGGGGUGUUCCUUAGUAAAGGAAGACAAAGAAGCGUUUGCUCUCAUAUCGGUGUCACCCAGCGAGGUGCGAGACUUGGACUUCGCGAACGACGCCUGCAAGGUGCUAUCCGCCUUAUCGACUAAACUGCAGCUCGGCAAUAUAGAGCAUAAUGAGAGGAAAGCCCUUACCUGCCUGCUGCAAGACAUAGUGUACUUCAUAGCCGGCUUCGAGAACGAGCCCAAUAAGUCUGAAGCUCUAGACCUGGUGGUGGAAAAUCCUAACAGGGACAGACAGAAGUUGCUCAGAGAACAGUAUAUAUUGAGGCAGCUUUUCAAGAUAUUACAGGGUCCAUUCCAAGAGACAUCAGAAGGGGAAGCGUUCCUGAAGAUUGAGGAGUUGUACGACCCUCGGUACGCCGCCUAUAAGUACAUCUUCCGUCUCUGCUACAGGAUACUCAGGCUCAGUCAACAGGACUAUAGGAAGAAUCAGGAAUACAUAGCAAAACACUUCGGCUUCAUGCAGAAGCAGAUUGGUUACGACAUACUCGCAGAGGACACCAUCACAGCACUGUUGCACAACAACAGGAAGCUUUUGGAGAAGCACAUCACUGCCUCCGAGAUCGAGACCUUCGUGGGUCUUGUCCGUAAGAACAUGAAGACUUGGCAGUCCCGUUUCCUGGACUACCUGAGCGACCUGUGCAUCUCCAACAAGAAGGCUAUUGCUGUGACACAGGAGCUCAUCUGCAAGAGUGUGCUGUGUGCCAAUAACUCGGAUAUACUUAUUGAGACCAGACUGGUUUCAACCAAAUACGAGAAAAGCAAGAAAUUAGACCCAGACGAUCCAAAAUAUACUGUUGAAGAGGAAGUAAUGCUGCUGUGGAAUAAUAAGAAGUGUUCCCGUCUACUAUCAGAGCUGGCAGCCGAAGCCCGAGUGGACCCGAACAGCCAGUCAGCAGCCAUCCUGGACUACUACCGUCACCAACUGGACCUGUUCUCAAAUAUGUGUCUCAAUCGGCAGUAUCUGGCGCUCAAUACGCUGUCGCCGCAGCUGCAUAUACAUCUUAUAUUGAAAUGCAUGUCAAACGCAUCCCUUUCCUACGAGGUCCGUGCAUCGUUCUGUCGCCUCAUGCUGCAUCUACACGCGGACAGAGACCCACAGGAGCCGGUCACGCCUGUUAAAUACGCGAGACUCUGGACCGAAGUCUGUGACAGGAUACAUAUACAUGACUACCAAUGCGUGAAAGGCGGCCCAGAUGCUAACAGGGAGAAGGUCAAGGAACAAUUUGCAUCAACCAUCCGCUUCGUAGAGAACUACCUCUGUAACGUGGUCACUAAAACUUGGUACUUUAGUGACCAUGAUCAGAACAAACUGACUUUCGAAGUCGUGAAACUGGCGAGAGAGCUUAUCUAUUUUGGAUUCUAUAGCUUCAGCGAUUUGCUGCGACUAACGAAGACGUUACUGAGUAUCUUGGACUGUGUCACCGCUAUGGACCUGCUCAAUGAGACCAACGCCCUCUCUGGGGAAGUGGAAUCCGAAGGUGGCGUCUUACGCAGUAUCGGCGACAUGGGCGCUGUGAUGACAUCUAUAACUCUUGGAGGCGUGGCCAGAAAUCAGUCAGGCAGCAGCUCGAUGCCGGCGGGCGGCGGCGGAGGCCUGCAGCGCAGCGCGUCGGCGCUGCUGCUGGCGCGGGAGCACCCGCUCGUCAUGGACACCAAGCUCAAGAUCAUCGAGAUACUGCAGUUCAUCUUAGACGUGCGACUGGACUACCGCAUCAGCUGUCUGCUGUCGAUCUUCAAGAAGGAGUUCGAGCAGGCCGGCGAGAGGUCGGCUGAUACCAUCGGUCGGGCUGAUGUGGAGGCGAUAGGCCUUCAGGCUGAAGGGAUCUUCAGCUGUCGAGCAAUACAAACUGUGCCUGACAGCUGUCUGCCCAAAAAUGUAGAUUUGGAUGGUCUAGACCUGGACGAAUGUGGUGGCAGGAUGGUACUCCGAGUGCUGCUGCAGCUGUGCUCUCAAGGAGCGUCGGCUGCGCUGGUGUCAGGAGCCCUGGCGCUUCUUUUCCGCCAUUUCAGUCAGAGACAAGAAGUGCUGGCUGCUUUUAAGCAGGUACAACUGCUGGUAUCAGACGCCGACGUGGAGUCGUACAAACAGAUAAAGGCGGACCUAGACCUGCUGCGACAAAGCGUCGAGAAGUCGGAGCUCUGGGUCUUCAAUAAAGGACGGGCUGUACUUAUUGAUGAGCAUAUAAGUCUAACAGGUACGGUGGGUCCAGGAGGCGCGGUGCUAGAACGCAACGCAUCUAUGGAUAAUGUUCUAGACACUUCUAGAACGGCCAAGCACGACCACAACGAAUACAAGAAGAUCAAAGAGAUACUACAGCGCAUGAUAAAGUACUGCACGCAUGGCAACAGCGGCGCCGAGACCGGCCGUCCGCGCAGACACGAGCAGCGACUGCUCAGGAACAUCGGCGUACACCAUACUGUGCUGGAAUUACUGCAGGUCCCUCAUGAUGAAGACGACAUGGCGAUGGAUGAGCUCCUGGCUUUGGCCCAUGAGUUUCUGCAGCACUUCUGUCACGGCAACCAGCAGAACCAAGCUAUACUGCACAAACAUUUGGACCUGUUCCUAAAUGCUGGGAUACGCGAAGCCCAAACCGUAUGCUCAAUAUUCAAAGACAACGCGGCGCUGUGCAGCCACGAAGGCAACGAGAAAGUUGUAGCUCACUUCGUGCACUGCAUCGAGUCACGUGGCCGAAGGCCUGACUACCUGCACUUCCUGCAGACCAUCGUGCAUGCUGACACCCAGUACAUCCGCCGCAGCCAGGACCUGGUCAUGCAGGAGAUGGUGAAUGCAGGUGAAGACGUGCUAGUAUUCUACAACGACAAGGUUUCGUUCAACAACUUCAUACAGAUGAUGAGACAGUUCCGCAGGACCAAUGAUAUGCCGGAAGCACUCAGAUACCACAUCCAGCUAGUAAAGCUGCUAACAUGCUGCACAAUGGGCAAGAACGUGUACACAGAGAUAAAAUGCCACUCGCUCCUACCGCUAGACGACAUCGUGUCUAUGAUCACGCACACUGACUGUAUACCUGAGGUAAAAGAAGCGUACGUAGGUUUCCUGAACCACUGCUACAUAGACACGGAGGUGGAGAUGAAGGAGAUCUACUCCAGCAACUACAUGUGGGACCUGUUCGAGAGAUCCUUCUUGCACGACAUGCAGGCCAUACUACAUAGUGACGGGACGCAGGCUGCUGCAGGUCCAUCAUCCGAGAUGCCGUCGACGUCCCUGCGUCCAGCAGUGGGCACUCAGAAGGCGUGGGUCAACUACGUGACGGACGUGCUCAUGCACACUAUUUGUACAUUCUUCAACUCGCCGUUUAGUGAUCAGAGCACCACUGUGCAGACCCGACAGUCGAUAUUCGUGAAGCUGCUACAAACAACGUUUAGUAUCUACCAAUGUCCGUGGUUGACGCCGCCGCAGAAACUCAACGUUGAGAAAUGCAUACGGACCCUUAGUGAUGUUGCUAAAUCCCGCAGCAUAGCAAUUCCUCUAGAGUUAGAAGCCAAGAUCCAGACGGUGUUCGAGAAAGCCGCAGCUCUGUCCCGUCAGACCAGCAAGUGGUUGCUUGCCUCCAAGACCUCCAAGCUUGAGAAGAUGGCAUCACAGGCGAACCUCCAAAACGACAGAUCAGUAAUGGAAGGUCUCCAGGAGAUAGUGGCUCUCCUAGAGGAACAGCUGCGGCCGCUCCUGCAAGCUGAACAGUCGCUGCUGGUGGACAUCUUGUAUAAACCUCACCUGCUUUUCACCAGUCCAGGGGAGGUGUCGCAAUCUGAUACCAGCGGGAUCUUCAUAUCCAGACUCAUUCGACAUACAGAGAAGCUUCUAGAAGAAAAAGAAGAGAAACUAUGCGUCAAAGUACUGCGGACUCUUAGAGAGAUGAUGGCUGUCGACCCUGAAUACGGGGAGAAGGGCAACCAACUUCGCUCCAAGUUACUUUCGCAGUACUUCAUAAACCGCAAGUCGGAGCCUAAGAUUCUCCCGCCGCCAUCUUCCGUAGCCGUCACACACGGCCCUGGAGAAAGCCAUCCGCUGAAGAUGAAGACAGCUAAAGUGUUGCUGCGGACUGGUCAGACCCUGGCUCAAGUUCAGGCUCAUCUGGAUAAGGAAGGAGCUUCGGACCUGGUGGUAGACUUGGUUAUCAAGAGUACUAAUCGACAGGCCAUCUUCCUGGAAGCUAUACAGCUUGGUAUUGCACUCCUCGAAGGCGGAAACCCAAUAAUUCAACAAAGCAUAUUUACCAAACUACAAAAUGGUGAAAUAUCUCAAGCAUUUUUGAAGGUAUUCUACGACAAAAUGCGUGAAGCACAGCAAGAGAUCAGGUCCCUCGCUGCCAGCAGUACUUCUGCAGCCAGUGGGGAUAAGCAGCGCACUUCUUACUCCGAGAAGCAGAAGCCAGUAGUCGCUGACGGAACGAAGACCAGCCCCGGCGUUCUGGUGGUAGGCGAGGAGAUGGAUGAGGAGGUGACCAGCGCGUGCGGCUCUGCUGUGCACGCAUACUCUGAUAUACACACCAUGUCGCAUGGUACCACAGCUCUGGAAGAAAUAAUGGCAGAAAAGAAAGAGGCUGGCAACUCAGACGUGUUACCGUCCAAGGUUGCCAUCAUGAGGCCCAUAUUGAGGUUCUUGCAGCUACUCUGUGAGAACCACAACCCUGACCUGCAGAACCUACUCCGCAACCAGAACAAUAAAUCUAACUACAACCUGGUGUCUGAAACCCUGAUGUUCCUGGACUGCAUCUGUGGGUCUACCACGGGUGGCCUCGGUCUACUGGGCCUGUACAUCAAUGAGGGUAACGUGGCGCUCAUCAACCAGACCUUGGAGACGCUCACUGAGUAUUGUCAAGGCCCCUGCCACGAAAACCAGAACUGCAUAGCGACUCACGAAAGCAACGGCUUAGACAUAAUAACGGCUUUAAUAUUAAACGAUAUUAAUCCUCUCGGCAAGACACGCAUGGACCUAGUUCUGGAGCUGAAGAACAACGCCUCCAAACUCCUGCUGGCCAUCAUGGAGUCUCGGAAUGACUCCGAGAACAAUGCCGAACGGAUACUCUAUAACAUGAAUCCGAAACAGCUGGUAGAUGUUGCCUGCUCCGCGUUCCACCAGGAACACGCGAUGGACGCGGACUCCGACUCGGAGGACGAUGCCAUCGUGCAGGGCGUCUCGCCCAAGGAGGUGGGGCACAACAUCUACAUCCUGUGCCACCAGCUGGCGGCUCACAACAAGGAGCUGGCGGCGCUGGUGCGGGCCUCGCCGCACGGCGCCAACGCCGACGCGCUGCGCUACUACCGUACUCACACCGCGCAGAUAGAGAUAGUUCGAAGGGACAGGAGCAUGGAACAAAUCGUGUUCCCGAUCCCGGAGAUCUGCGAAUAUCUGCCAGCGGAUAGUAAGCAUCGCGUACUGCAGAGCGCCGAGCGAGACGACCAGGGCAGCAAGGUCGCUGACUUCUUCUCCAGGCUAGACAACCUGUUCCACGAGAUGAAGUGGCAAAAGAAGCUUAGGGGACAGCGUCUCCUAUUCUGGGUUUCGUCCUACAUGUCUCUGUGGAGCAACAUACUAUUCAACUUCGCUGUUCUGAUCAACAUCAUCGUCGCCUUCUUCUAUCCCUUCCAAGACGAGAAUCCAAUUUUCACACACGCAGAGCUAGGGGAACACCUGUCGCUGGUGGUGUGGUGCGUGUCGGGGGUGGCCGGAGCCCUGGUCACGUGGCUGCCCCGCGGGGGCGGAGCCCGGGCGCUGCUGGCGUCGGCCGCAGUGCGGUUUAUGUACUCGGCGGGGCCGGAGCCCACGCUCUGGGCGCUGGCUAUGCUCACUAUAGUGGUGAAAGGCAUCCACCUGGUGAGCAUCAUGGGCAACCAGGGCACGCUGUCCAAGUCCCCGGGGAAGGUGCUCACAGACCCUGAACUGCUGUACCACAGCGUCUACCUCGUCUUCUGCUUCUGCGGGAUAUGUUGGCAUCCAUUCUUCUUUUCUGUUCUGCUCCUAGACAUAGUGUACCGCGAAGAGACUCUCUUGAACGUAAUGCGAUCAGUAACUCGCAACGGCCGGUCCAUCCUACUGACGGCCGUGCUGGCGCUUGUGCUGGUCUACAUGUUCUCCAUCGUAGGCUACAUGUUCUUCCGAGACCACUUCCUCGUCAGCGUCGACCGGCUAGACGAUGACGACGACCCUCGAUAUGAGCCCGACGGCUGCGCCGACGACGGUGCGUCCAAGUACCUGAAGGAAGCCGACCAGUGCCGCCGCAGCUCCCGCUUCGUGUCCGUCGGCGGCGAGUUGCGCGAGCGCAGCUGUGACUCGCUCAUCAUGUGUAUAGUCACCACGCUCAACCAGGGCCUGAGGAAUGGCGGCGGUAUCGGAGAUAUAUUGAGAGCUCCCGCUAGUUUUGAGCCGCUAUUCGUGGCCCGAGUGGUGUACGAUCUGCUAUUCUUCUUCGUGGUGAUCAUCAUAGUCCUGAACCUGAUCUUCGGUGUGAUCAUCGACACCUUCGCAGACCUCAGGAGUGAGAAGCAGCAGAAGGAGCACAUAUUGAAAAACACCUGUUUUAUUUGUGGAUUGAACAGGUCAGCCUUUGACAACAAGACAGUCUCGUUCGAGGAGCACAUCAAGAGCGAGCACAACAUGUGGCACUACCUCUACUUCAUGGUGCUGGUGAGGGUCAAGGAUCCCACCGAGUUCACCGGCCCCGAGAGCUAUGUGCACUCCAUGAUUAAGUCCAACAACCUGGACUGGUUCCCGCGGCUCCGCACGCUGUCGCUGGUGGGCGGCGGCGAGGGCGAGGGGGGGGAGCUGGAGCUGCGAGCCCUGCAGGCGCAGCUGGACCGCGCCCAGCGAGCCGUGCGGACCCUCACCGAACUCCUCACGGACCUAAGGGACCAGAUGACAGAGCAAAGGAAGCAAAAACAACGGAUCGGCUUAUUAAAUUCAACCUCGGCGUACUUGCAGAACUUGCAAAUGAACUUGCCGCCGUGAACGCCAUGCCUUUACAAACACCCGGACAUCUGUGUUUAUGUAUGUAUGUCACCAAAGCCGGUUGCAACGUGAUUAGGUUAAUUUUUCAGUAGAUAAACCGGCUGUAUUCUUAGUAGAUUUUUUUUCGUUGGUAACUUGAUUUUGAUGGUAACAGUGAUGUAGUUUUAUCGAUGUUUUAUAUGUCGAUAAUAGGGCUACUUACAAUUGGAUUAAAGUAUUUGAAUUGGAUUUUCACUUGUUAAUUUUUGGUCUACUAAAAUACUAAAAAGUAUAGAUUUCUAGCUUAUUGAUUGAAGGAAUCGGAUUUUGAAAACUUCUUCAGUCUAAAUGCUAGUGUAAUAUCAACUUUAGACUUGUUAUAAAAUAUAUAUUGUAAUUCUGUUUAUUAAUAACCCAGGUAGAAAAUAUUCAAACAUACAUAAAUACAUGAUUACGAAUUAAAUAGUUAAUAUAUUUAUAUUAAUUUAUGAUUUACCAAAACCGGUGUGUAAUACCUAAGAUAUGUACACCUCGAUCAAGGUACCUCAAUACCGCACAAUAUAAACAAAUACAUAUAUAAAUAAAGUUAUAUAUUACAGUAUAUAUAAUAUUAUAUACGCUUGGAUUUCCCGCGACACACGUUGACGUCGAUUUUAUCGAAUAAUGUACAUGUAAAUGAUUUGAAUAGAUAAGCAUAUUGUUUUGAGCAGUUGAGUAUUUUUAGCUCUUAAAAGAAUUUGUAGUAAUUAAUUUUCAUGCUCAAGUUCCUUUUGAAAUAUUUCCCGUUAUUGAAGAGCUCUGUCGAGUGGUAUUCAAGACAAAAUUAAUUUGUCAACAUAAUUUCACCCGGAAAACAUGGAAUAUAUUCCUUGAAAUAAACCUCUCAGCUAUCUAUUAAUAUCAAUAAGUAAAAAUUACAAUUAUUAUUGAUAUCUCAACCGCUCAACAAUCGCGUUAUUUCGAUUCGAUACUUCAAAUUUAAUAUGUAAGGUUUUCAUAAAGGUACAGGCUAGUGCCGAGGUGAUUAUGUGACUAGGCUAAUAGUUAAAACAUAUCUUGUUAUGAUAUUUGACUAGGUAGAGUAGGAUAGACGAUUUAAUGCCCUGUUGCACUGAUUUCAGUGUCGAGUUUUCUAAAACUCCUUUUAUUUUAUUUAUUAAAUCGUCCAAGUCGACCAAUUGGUUCCGAGAUUGUCAUCUGCAAAUCAAUGUACGAUUUUAAGUCAUAAAAAAUACAAAUAUCCUUUUUGAAAUUCAACCUAAAUAACAUUAAAAAUAAAAGAAAAAUAAUUGUUUCGAAUAACAAAUACAUAUAUUAAAAAGCAAGUAUCAGUGCAGCUGUGGGCAAAUAAUAAACUGUUAUGUAGAUAUUUAAAGUCUUUAAUAUUUGACCUUGAAAUCGAAUCGACGUCGAUAUGUCACACUCUGAACAUACUGUGUGAAGUCAUGGUCAGAAAAGAGAAAAGUAUAUAAACGAAUAUGUAUGUAAAAUACUGAUUAUAGCAGUAAGUUAAAAGAUCUUUUGCCAGAGACAAAAUGGCUGUCGAAUUUACCGACAUUUUAAAUGCAGUAAGACCUUAGGGUCGACCAUGACUUUAUACCCAGGCUACGCCUGACUUUCUCAAUAUCUAAAUCGGAUUUUUUCCUGUCUUAUAUAUACAAAGUUUUAUAAUGAAAUCUGAACAAAUGUAGUUUUGUUCUAGUAGUUAGAAUAGUUUUUAUUGGGGGAGAUAAUUAAACGAAAUCAAUUUCAUAUACUAUUUGAUCUUUUCGUUUUUUUACUCAUUUACCUUCACUAAACUUACUUGCUUCCAAAAAUCAUUUUUACUUAUAAUUCUUAUAAUAAAUAUCACCGUUGCAGUUCGAUAAAUUUUGUGAAACAUGAUCUAUUGACAAAAUCAUAAUAAAUUGUUAUCUCUAUUCUCAAGCAAAAUUACUAUCAGGGUAAUUUUCGUAUCGAGAAGGAUCUCUAAUAUUUCUCUAUUCUGUUUUUAUAUUAUAUGUUUUUAAGGUAUCUCCCCCCUUGUUAGAGGUUUGGAUGUGCAAUACAGCUCAAACAAGUUACCUAUAACUGUAGUUAGAUAUCAAAUUUUAUUUGUAUAGAGUUUUAUGAAGUAUUUCAAGCAAUAGGGAAUAUCGAUUUAAAAUAAAAUCGAUCGGAAAUCAUUUUAAAUUAAUGGGUCAUAUAAAUCUUUUUGACCUCUUGUGUUUUGUAUGUGAAAUCAAUAGCGACAACUUACGCAAAAUUUUGUGUAGCCCUUUGCUUCAAAAACUUCAUAUAAAUACGAAAUAAUCUUGUGAAAGAUCUGAAUAUAAUGUGUUUAGUUACGAGUCGAUGUGUGGGUCAUGUUUGUGUAAUGUUAGGAUGAAGGUGAUAGUUGUUACGUUAUUUUAGAAUUAGGUCUUCGAAUCUCUAGAUUUUGUCUAGAAAAUGAGGUUUAAUACUGAUCCCGAUGGCAUGUUGACAAACUUUGCAAAAUGAACCUUAAAUCAUAUAAACUGCUUAAAAUAGAUGGAUAAUAUAACAAUGUAAUGCUCAAUAAAAUGCCAAAAUCUAAACGAAUUAAAGCAAGUAUCAGUAUUGAGUCUCCAUCAAAUAUAUUGUAAUAUAUAAUUAUAUAUAAUCCGACUUUAAGACAAAGGUUGUUUCUACAUAAAUGACACGAUGACGACGCAAAUACAAUAAAAACUAGGGAAAAACUUUCGCAUUAUAAAAGCUCGUUCAUGUUAUUUGCAAGAAAGAGAUAACAAUUCACCACUACGAUGGGAAAUGUUCUAAAUAUCGUUAAAUUUAAAAAUCGUUCGAAUUUCUUACUUUAGGCCAUUUGAAAAAUCUAUAUCUAAGUUAAAAAUCUAAAACUGUGUGAAAAUAAGUUAUUCGUAUAUGUAAUGUUAAGUUUAAAAUAUUUCAACAUUUAGAUAAUUUUUGUGAUGUGUAAAAUUUUAUUGAACGUAGUUUACCAAGAAAUAUUUAGAAUUAUUACAGACCUUUAUUAAUGAAAUUGAUACAGGUAAUCAUGAAUAAAAUGAAGUUUUAUGUAUCAAGAUUUCAUUUAAAUAUAUUCAAUGUUUUGAUAAAAUUGCUAGAAAAACGUUAUUCUGCAUUGUUUUACUUUUUUUAGAACACACCGUGCCAUAAGGACGUGGUGAUUUUUUUAUAUAAAAAUGAAAUAUAUCAGAUACCGAUUUUUAUACCAAAUGUUUAGAAAAUGUUAAACCUUUUGCUAUAUUGGCGAUUCUUUGUUUAUCUUGUUUGAGGGUUAUCGAUACUCAAAUAUCGAUAGCAUCCCAUCACUAGAACACCUUUAAUUUUCUGAAGCCGCCAGUUGGCAAAAGGCCAUUAUUGUAAUAUUUUAUUAUUGUCAUAAUUUUGUACUUAAAAAGUAUUUUUUUAACUAAUCGACCAGAUUUAUACAUUCGUUUGGACUAACAUUCCUUAUUUACUUACGUUUAAACGCUUUUAUUUCUAUUCUCUGUUAUUUUAUAUCUUGGCCACAGUUUUUAAAAAGUUUAUCAUGAUGGAAAAAAUGGAAACCAAGAAAAAAAAUGACCGAUUUGAAAUAAUGAAAAGUAUCAAACUUUUACCGUGCUCUUUUAAAUGAUAUAAUUAAAAUGGAUAAAUACUUGAAUUAAAAGAAUCAGUAGAGUUAAUUCAUAAAUAAAUAAAAAUCUUGUCCAGAUAAUAAAUAGAAAUAACAUUUUAGUAGAUAUUUUGGGAUUAGAAUCUUUAAAAUUAAACUUUCUGACUACCCUGCAAACCGUGAUAAUACUUACUCGAGUAGGUACCUAAAACUGUCGGAUUUUACAUAAAUCUUAAUAUAUCUCUUGACCAACUCUACGUAGCUAGUUUUCUCUAGAGAUGUAUAUUUUUAAAUCAUCUAUUUAACAAAAACUGUUUUUAUACACUAUAUUUAUUGCACAUUAUACAUUCCCUGUGUAUUUUUUAUAUUAUUUAUUACAUAUACUAUAUUCCAUUGUAACUAGAUCUGCGUUUCGAAUCUUUCAACUGUGUUCGCGAAAAACUGAAUCCGUCUAAAAUUAUGUAAGGAUGGGGGACACCAUAUACCUAACAAUAACGAUAAUUAAGCUGGUUAUGUUUUGGUUAUACUUAUGUGGUGCAAAACCCCUCUUUUUUAAUUGCAAAGUUAGAAAAAAAUUAAGACAUAAACUUCUGUUUUUCGCUAACAUUGUAGCUACUUGUUUUUCAAAGAAGAUUUAAGAAAUUUUAGUAAUAGUGUGUUGUUUACAUACGCGUACUAACGUAGGAUAAUGUAAGAUUUGCGAUCGACUCGAUUCGUUGUGAUGCCUGCAAUAACGUGUUUAUUUUGUUUUUAUGAAAAAUAAAGUUACGGCACAAAGUUUU